UGAGCUUUUUUCAAUUGCGUGACAUUAAUUUAAUUUUAAAAAUCGUAUUUACUAUUACUAAUUUAAAAUACGAUCGAAAUUAGCUCACGGUGAAACAAUAAAUGCCCCCCCCCCCUUUUUUUUUUCUUGUGGGACAAACGCAGAUGGAAGCUGAGAGGCGCCUUUUCUGAGCUCAUGUUGUUUGGUAGCCUAUGUUAAAGUAGCCUUUACCUCCACAAGGCCGAGGGUGUUUUUUGGGCCGAAAAAUAACUAUAAUCAUAUGAGUAGUAAACCACGUGAACAGAAACUCACCCUGUUAAGCUGAAUUAUACAAAAUGGCUGCUAAAAAGAAACGAACGCCUAAUGUGCAAAAUGACAGCUGGGUUGUCGUUGCUGCAGACUCUGUCAUCGACACACACAGGCCCGAAAGUGACCCAGCUUUUGUGAGACUACGGAAUCCCUCUACAGAUUCAGCAUCUCUCUAUAUGCUGGGCAGUGAUGAUUUACAGUUGUAUGAGGUCAAAGCAUUUGAGGAAGAUUUCCACUCCUGGUUUGUUGGCCAGACUGUCCAGAGAGAUGGGAGACUUCUUUUCGUGACACCAAUGGAUCCUCUUUUUCUCAUUUUGCCAUAUUUGAUUAAAGUUGGAAAAGAGGGGAAGUUCCAGCCUGUGGAUCAGGUUGUUAUGGAUGAGGAAUUCCCAGCUUGUUCAAGGUUGCUGAGCUGCACACGUUCCCAGGCCUCCCUGCACCACAUUGCCGAGGAGAAAGAGGUGGGAAGCCUGAAGUUUCAUAGAUACAGCCAAGAGAAGACAAUGAACUGGUUAAAGAAAAAGGUGGAGAGGACAGUCGUUGCGCUCAAGAAGAGAAAUAUCUCUGUAGGAGAAGGAGUCAAAUCCACAACAUAUGUCAGAGUGAAGUCAGAGUCAGACUACCAUGAGGAGGACUACCUACGCUAUGCCCACGGCCUGAUAUCAGAGUACAUCAGUGAAGACCUGAGCAAAGCCCUUCUCAUACACUUGGGGUUACCAGAGCUCACAAGCCCAAAGGAGACAGAGCCUCCCUCUAAGAAGCGGAAACUUUCAGACAAACCGGUGGAGGCCGGAGAGGACUACACCAAAUUCAACAGUGCAGACUUUGCGCGGAAACCACCCAAGAAGAUGACGGCUGCUCAGAAAAGUCUGGCUAAGGUUGACAAGAGUGGCAUGAAGCCGAUGUCAUCCUUCUUCAGCCCCAAGGUCAAAGCAGAAAAAAAAUGAAUGUUGUAGGAAUUCCGGUUUGUACAUGAAAUAUUUGUAAUAAAGAAAAGAAAAAGUU